UGUCAUUAUUUAUUAUUUCUGGAGCUGUCAAAUCACACUAUUUUUAUUAUUGAACGGAAAAUAACAUUUGCCUAUAAAAAUAUUACAAAAUGCCUACAGAAAUCGAAAACAUUAACCCAAAUGUUUAUGGCAAACGUAAGGAACGCGAAGUGACUGCCAACGAAGAGGAUGAAAAUGUGCCAGAUCCAUUCGAUACACGUGAAAUAUUUGAUCUAAUUCGCAACAUUAACGAUCCGGAACAUCCUCUCACUCUGGAGGAGUUACAUGUAGUACAGGAAGACUUGAUCGAUGUCAAUGAUAGCAAGAAUGAAGUAAAUAUUCAGUUUACACCAACAAUUCCACAUUGCUCGAUGGCUACACUAAUUGGAUUGUCCAUUCGUGUAAAGUUGUUGCGUUCAUUACCGCCUCGUUUUAAAGUAAAUGUUGAAAUAACACCUGGAACACAUGCAUCCGAAAAUGCAGUUAAUAAACAACUUGCUGACAAGGAGCGUGUCGCAGCAGCGCUGGAAAAUAAACAUCUAGCAGAGGUUAUCAACCAGUGUAUCUCAUCGAGAGCUUAAAGGGGUGCAUGACUUAUUUUCGUUUAAUUUUUUGUUAUAUUUUACAAUUUUAAGCGUGUAGUUAAUAAAACUAGACAAUAACAGCUAACAA